AAGGCCCAAAACUGUUUUUGUCAAACGCCACUUACCUCUUCCUUGUAAAACUACAAGCCAGCGCCGCCAUAUUGGAAACUGAGCGGAGAAUGUCGGGUCCAGCAGCCGUGACGAUUGGGAGGACCAAAGGACACGUUCAGCUCAUCCUUGGCCCCAUGUUCUCGGGGAAAUCGACGGAGCUAAUCAGGAGGAUGAAGAGGUUCCAGGUGGCCAACCAGGCCUGCCUCAUGAUCAAAUACGCCAAAGACAAUCGCUACGACAAGAACGGAGUGGCCACCCACGACAGGCAGGUGACUGCAGCCGUGGCAGCCACUGAACUCUCUGCCAUGAAACACAUGGCCAGGAAAUACGGAGUCAUCGGUAUUGACGAGGGACAGUUUUUCCCUGAUAUUGUAGAGUUCUGUGAGGACAUGGCAAACGACGGAAAGACUGUGAUAGUUGCUGCGCUGGACGGAACUUUUCAGAGAGAGCCAUUUGGUUCGAUUCUCAACCUGGUGCCUCUGGCAGAGAGUGUCGUCAAGUUGAAGGCAGUCUGCAUGCUGUGCUACAAUGACGCAGCAUUCACUAAGAGACUGGGAGGAGAAAAGGAGGUUGAGGUGAUUGGAGGAGCUGAUAAGUACAUGGCGGUGUGUCGGACGUGCUACAAGAUGCCAGAAAAGUCACUCACAUCAACCAGUCCUACCUCCGAAACUCCAUUGAGGGGACCAGAGCUCGGGAAGGGGAGAACCCUUUUAUUCAAUGAUAAUGACAGCCCCUAAAGGACCUCUCCCUCACCCCUCUCUGUAUCUUGCACACUGACAUUUCAUUGUAUUUCUAUACACUGACACGCACACAUCUUUUCUUUUUAUUCUCUGUUGUGUACAUCAGUAAUCACAAUGUUUAAGAUGAAUGAAGCAAGUCAGGGUGACAAUGGAUGGGGUAAAAGCGUGUAGUUGGUGAGAUGCUAAGUGUUCUGUGCAUUAGUCUUGGCCUCUGCUGCUGCAUGUGCCAACUGCUCCUUCAUGCCUUCCACCAUAGCUGUCAUCUGCUUCUCCAGCUCUCUCUUCUCCUUUUGCUGCAGUGACAAAGAUCAAAACCUUCCCUCCCAAUGCUAGUACAGAUGAUCCAAGUUUCCUCUGAGCGGCUAGCUAGCUGAGCUUACAAUAAAUGUCUCCAAAGCCUUUUUCUCCAAGUCCAACACAUUCUCCACGGUAAUCUUGUAGGGGUCUUUGAUCUUGAGGAACCCGCAGUUGGGCACGUGUUUCUUGUGCUCGGAUCUGGGGUCAUCCGUCGCCUCCCAUCCCUCCAUGUCGUGGUGGCACACCACGCAGCGGACCCAGUCCGGCGCCCUGUCGGUACCGCAGAAGUAGAAACCAGCUUCGGCCAUUUUGAGCGGGGUGCAGGGCCCACUGUCGAACGGCCAGCUGCAGUGGGCCACUCUGAACGUCUCCAGUCUCUCCUCCACAGUGUAAAGAGCUCCCAGCUCCACUGGUAGCGGCUCUCGACUUCCCGCCAUCGCUUUGAGUACUAUAUAUACUA